UGGAACAUAACAAAGUUAAAGAAAUUAUUGUUUUUGAACAAAGAAGAUAAAUUUAAGAAAAAUAAUCCACAUAAGAAACAUAUUACAAAGUUAUAAUCAGUUAUCCAUGUUACCUUCGUUGUUGACAACUUGCCUCAAUUAUAUCUUCGUUUUCCUUCAGUUCAUGGUCAUGGUUGCCAACAGCUUCAUCUUUGCUCUCGAUCAACCCAUCAUUUUGAUCAAACUCAACAUCAAUCUCAAGAGGAGAUGAUGGUGAUAAAGAUCAAUCUCAAGAGGAGAUGAUGGUGAUUGUUGAUAGUCUAAAAAAUAGAGGUGUUGUUGGAGAUGAUGACACACACUCAGCUCAGAACGUGUGUGAUCACAUUCAACCGAAUGACACAACAAAUAUCUGUGAAAGUGAUUUGGAAUCGAAGAAGGUAGAUGAUAUAGGUAAAUUGAUGGGGCUUCAGCUGAGGCUGCAAAUUUGAAGAGUGCGAUUGAAGUCGUGAUGAUAAAUCAAGGACUUGAUAUAUCUAAUAAGAAGGAUAUACCGACAGAUCAUGAUGAAGCAAUGAUUGAUGCUGAUUUUAACAUUGUACAUGGCACUUCCCAUGGAUACUCAGUCCAAGUCCAAGAAGAGGACUUUGGAGAAAAAGAAAAUAUCUAAAAGUAAAAUAAAUAAAUCAGAAGUAAAAGUGGAAGGUAGUUCUGGUACAAGCAUAUGCAAUAUGGUUCAGAGUGAAGGGAAGGUAGUUGUGUAUGAGGCAAAUGAGGAAAAGUCGGUCGUGUACAAGCAGGAUGAUGUAAUUGGAAAGCGAUGUGAAGCACAGUCUUUACCGAAUGGGUUGAUCAUUGAAGAAUUGGCUAAGAGAGAUCCUAAAGGAAAAUUAGCUCUACGUGGGAGAAAGGUCAGAAUUCAUUUCACUGGGAUGUUGAAGGAAAGUGGAGUAGUACUUGACAGUAGCGCAAGCAAAAAUCCUUGCAAAUUUCGCCUAGGUGAUGAAGAAGUAAUGGAUGGUUUUAAUAUGGGCAUUGAUGGUAUGCGUCUUGGUGAUAAGAGGAGACUUAUAAUCCCUCCAUCUCUAGGUUUUGGAGAACAAGGAUUUGGUACAAGUGUACCUCCAAAUUCAUGGCUGGUGUGUGAGGUUGAAUUGGUUGGCGUGCAGCGUUAACCUGACAUGCCCAUUGUUCUCUCAAAUAGAAGCAUCGGGCGUUUUUUAAGUGAAGUUCAACUUAAGGCGUUAUAUUUCAAUCCAACUUGGACUUUGAAGUAGUAGUAUUGCUUGUCUUUUUCUUAGUAUGAACAUUUGAUUGAGAAGUCUGCAUAAU